AUGCCAGAUUCAAACUCAGCGCAUUCCUACUACAACAACGCAAAGCGCGACCGUGACGCGAAGCACAACCCAGACCGUCAAUGCCACCCGCACUUCAACAAUCAUUGUUCCUACUACUAUCACAAGGACAUCGGUAGGCGCCACCAGAACGGUCACGGCGACAGUGAACAAGACGUCGACUCGAAGCAUGACUAUCACGAGGAUUUCCACGAGGGCAGCGACGACGAGGACUGUAACGAGCGUGAGGACAGUCACGGCGACGCGUAG